AUGGAGCAUUUGGGUGACUGUAAAGAACGGGGCAAAGGGAAACCCGGCCUGUCCGAGAGUGCGGAGCUGCGGGGCUGCCCACUCAGCGAGCGGGUGCAGAAUUCAGCCGCCCCGCCCCACGAGUCACCCGGGUCCGGCCGCCGCGCGCCACCGCUUCGCCGGGCAGCCAGCAGACUCCUGGAUUCCUGCUCUCCUGCAAAUGCGGACCGGCUCCGGGGAGCCCGGCCCUCCCCGUUGCGCGACUGUGGACCCGAGUUGCAGAAGGGAGGGCUCUGCCUCUCGCACCGCGGUCUCAGGCCGCGGCUCGCGACGCCGCUCGCAAAACAGCCGAGUCCGGAGCGGAGGCGAGACGUGUCUGGUGGGCAUCGUGGGCAGAGAGCAACCGAGUCUUUCCUUUCAGUGGCUCCCGGGGCAGGGAGACGGCGCAGGCCAGAGACCCCGCGGGGCCAGGCCAGGCAAGACGCAGCCCCACACCCAGUGCUCCCGCCCCACUCCUCCGUCCCGUGCGACGCGCACCGGGCUCCGGGCCCGGGCCCGGCCUUGGCGCUCCGCUGGAGCGGCGGCCAGGGCGGGAGAGAGCCCUGGUUUCUUAACGGGAAGCGCGAGCUCUUCCUCCGCCUCCCGGCAGUCCGAGCCCCCGCUACUUCGGGGCUCUGUGUACCCUCGGCGGCCGGGGUCCACCCGGGCCUCGAGUUCUGGGAGCGGAGGACAGAGAGGGCAUCCCCUCGGAUGGCCUCACCACUGUGGGCGGCCUCACCCGGGGGGCCACACGGAAGCUCUCCACCCAAGUUUGUGUGCCCUGUAAGAAAAGCUUUUCCCUUACAAAGCACAAAGGCGAAACGCCCAGGCCGAGCCCUGAAAAGCCCGGGGUUGGGGAGGGGGUGGCCGGAGGCUCGGGAGCACGGUGGCGGCGCCGGGCUCCGGACGGAGAAGGUCGCUCGGCCGGGCUAACGAGCGCGGCGCCAGUGGCCACAGGACCGCAGCGACCCGCGUGCUCACUGAAAAGUUUUGUUCUCAAGUCGGAGGAAGAGAAAUUGUUACUCAGUUUAA